UAGCAGGCUACCUGGGCUGGGUUAAAAGGAGAUGUGCCUGGUAAAGAAAAAUAUAUAUUUUUAAAAUGCAAGAAAGAAUAUCCACUUGGCUUAUCAAGGUUGCCUUUAUGUUAUUUGUCACAUACAUUACAUCAGUGUCAUGUGAUGCCACUACUCCCUCAACACCCACUUCAAGUGAUGGCACCACUGCCUCAACUACAUCAAUUGUCACUCCAAGUGAUACUGCAUCAGCAGUCAUAUCAAGUGAUGCGAUCACUCCCUCAACUACACCAACACCCUCUUCAAGUGAUUCCAACACUCACUCAACUACACCAACACCCUCUUCAAGUGAUUCCACCACUCCCUCAACUACACCAACACCCUCUUCAAGUGAUUCCACCACUCACUCAACUACAUCAACAGUCACUUCUAGUUAUGCCACCACUCCCUCAACAGUCACCUCAAGUGAUGCCACCACCACCUCAACUAUAUCUAUAGUCACUUCAAGUGAUGCUACCACUCCCUCAACUACAUCAACAUCCACUUCAAGUGAUGCCACCACUCCCUCAACUACGUCCACAGUCACUUCAAGUGAUUCCACCACUCCCUCAACUACACCAACACUCUCUUCAAGUGAUUCCACCACUCCCUCAACUACACCAACACCCUCUUCAAGUGAUUCCACCACUCACUCAACUACAUCAACAGUCACUUCAAGUGACGCCACCAAUCCCUCAACUACAUCAACAGUCACUUCUAGUUAUGCCACCACUCCCUCAACAGUCACCUCAAGUGAUGCCACCACCACCUCAACUAUAUCUAUAGUCACUUCAAGUGAUGCUACCACUCCCUCAACUACAUCAACAUCCACUUCAAGUGAUGCCACCACUCCCUCAACUACGUCCACAGUCACUUCAAGGGAUUCCACCACUCCCUCAACUACACCAACACCCUCUUCAAGUGAUUCCACCACUCACUCAACUACACCAACACCCUCUUCAAGUGAUUCCACCACUCACUCAACUACAUCAACAGUCACUUCAAGUGAUUCCACCACUCCCUCAACUACACCAACACCCUCUUCAAGUGAUUCCACCACUCCCUCAACUACACCAACACCCUCUUCAAGUGAUUCCACCACUCACUCAACUACAUCAACAGUCACUUCAAGUGACGCCACCAAUCCCUCAACUACAUCAACAGUCACUUCUAGUUAUGCCACCACUCCCUCAACAGUCACCUCAAGUGAUGCCACCACCACCUCAACUAUAUCUAUAGUCACUUCAAGUGAUGCUACCACUCCCUCAACUACAUCAACAUCCACUUCAAGUGAUGCCACCACUCCCUCAACUACGUCCACAGUCACUUCAAGGGAUUCCACCACUCCCUCAACUACACCAACACCCUCUUCAAGUGAUUCCACCACUCACUCAACUACACCAACACCCUCUUCAAGUGAUUCCACCACUCACUCAACUACAUCAACAGUCACUUCUAGUUAUGCCACCACUCCCUCAACAGUCACCUCAAGUGAUGCCACCACCACCUCAACUAUAUCUAUAGUCACUUCAAGUGAUGCUACCACUCCCUCAACUACAUCAACAUCCACUUCAAGUGAUGCCACCACUCCCUCAACUACGUCCACAGUCACUUCAAGUGAUUCCACCACUCCCUCAACUACACCAACACCCUCUUCAAGUGAUUCCACCACUCCCUCAACUACACCAACACCCUCUUCAAGUGAUUCCACCACUCACUCAACUACAUCAACAGUCACUUCAAGUGACGCCACCAAUCCCUCAACUACAUCAACAGUCACUUCUAUCACCUCAAGUGAUGCCACCACCACCUCAACUAUAUCUAUAGUCACUUCAAGUGAUGCUACCACUCCCUCAACUACAUCAACAUCCACUUCAAGUGAUGCCACCACUCCCUCAACUACGUCCACAGUCACUUCAAGGGAUUCCACCACUCCCUCAACUACACCAACACCCUCUUCAAGUGAUUCCACCACUCACUCAACUACACCAACACCCUCUUCAAGUGAUUCCACCACUCACUCAACUACAUCAACAGUCACUUCAAGUGAUUCCACCACUCUCUCAACUACACCAACACCCUCUUCAAGUGAUUACACCACUCACUCAACUACAUCAACAGUCACUUCAAGUGAUUCCACCACUCCCUCAACAGUCAUUUCAAGUGAUGCCACCACUCCUUCAACUACACCUACACCCACUUCAAGUGAUGCCACCACUCCCUCAACUGCAUCAACAGUCACUUCAAGUGAUUCCACCACCACCUCAACUAUAUUAAUAGUCACUUCAAGUGAUGCCACCAAUCCCUCAACAACAUCUACAGUCACUACAAGUGAUGCCAUUAUUCCCUUAACUACAUCGACAGUCACUUCUAGUUAUACCAUAACUCCCUCAACUACAACAACACCCACUUCAAGUGAUUCCACCACUCCCUCAACUAUAUUAACAGUCACUUCAAGUGAUGCCACCAUUCCCUCAAUGACAUCAACAGUCACUACAAGUGAUUCCAUCACUCCCUCAACUACACCAACACCCUCUUCAAGUGAUUCCACCACUCACUCAACUACACCAACACCCUCUUCAAGUGAUUCCACCACUCACUCAACUACAUCAACAGUCACUUCAAGUGAUUCCACCACUCCCUCAACUACACCAACACCCCCUUCAAGUGAUGCCACCACUCACUCAACUACAUCAACAGACACUUCAAGUGAUUCCACCACUCCCUUAACUACACCAACACCCUCUUCAAGUGAUUCCACCACUCACUCAACUACACCAACACCCCCUUCAAGUGAUUCCACCACUCACUCAACUACAUCAACAGUCACUUCAAGUGAUUCCACCACUCCCUCAACAGUCAAUUCAAGUGAUGCCACCACUCCUUCAACUACACCUACACCCACUUCAAGUGAUGCCACCACUCCCUCAACUGCAUCAACAGUCACUGCAAGUGAUUACACCACCACCUCAACUAUAUUAAUAGUCACUUCAAGUGAUGCCACCAUUCCCUCAAUGACAUCAACAGUCACUACAAGUGAUAGCAUCAUUCCCUUAACUACAUCAACAGUCACUUCAAGUGAUGCCACCACCACCUCAACUAUAUCAAUAGUCACUUCAAGUAAUGCCACCAAUCCCUCAACUACAUCAACAGUCACUUCUAGUUAUACCACCACUCCCUCAACUAUAACACCCACCUCAAGUGAUGCCACCACCACCUCAACUAUAUCAAUAGUCACUUCAAGUGACGCCACCAAUCCCUCAACUACAUCAACAGUCACUUCUAGUUAUGCCACCACUCCCUCAACAGUCACCUCAAGUGAUGCCACCACCACCUCAACUAUAUCUAUAGUCACUUCAAGUGAUGCUACCACUCCCUCAACUACAUCAACAUCCACUUCAAGUGAUGCCACCACUCCCUCAACUACGUCCACAGUCACUUCAAGUGAUGCCACCACUCCCUCAACUACACCAACACCCACUUCAAGUGAUGCCACCACUCCCUCAGCUACAUCAACAGUAAUUUCAAGUGAUGUCAACCCUCCCAAAAUUCCCUCAACAGUCAGUUCAAGUGAUUCCACCACUUCCUCAACAGUCAGUUCAAGUGAUGCCACCACUCUCUCAAAUACAUCAACAGUAAUUUCAAGUGAUAUUACAUCAACAUUCAUUACAAGUAAUGCCACAACCCCCUCAACUACAUCAACACCCACCUCAAAUGAUGCCAUCACUCUAUCAACAGUCACUCAAAGUAAUGUCAUCACUCAUUCAACUACAAUGACAGUUACUUCAAGUGAUACCACCUCUACUACAUUGACUUCAAGUAAUAUGACAUUAACACCCAAUUCAAAUGAAGAUACCACUCCCUCAACUACAUCAACAUCCACUUCAAGUGAUGCCACCACUACUUCAACUACAUCAACAGUGACUUCAAGUUAUGCCACCACUCCCACAAAUACAUCAACAGUGACUUCAAGUGAUGCCACCACUCCCUUAACUACAUCAACAGUCACUUCUAGUUAUGCCAUCACUGCCUCAACUACAUCAACAGUCAAUUCAAGUGAUGCCACCACUCCCUCAGCUACAUCAACAGUCACUUCAAGUGAUGCCACCACUCCCUCAACUACAUCAACAUCCACUUCAAGUGAUGCCACCACUACUUCAACUACGUCUACAGUCACUUCAAGUGAUGCCACCACUCCCUCAACUACAUCAACAUCCACUUCAAGUGAUGCCACCACUCCCUCAACUACGUCUACAUCCACUUCAAGUGAUGCCACCACUCCCUCAACUACAUCAACAUCCACUUCAAGUGAUGCCACCACUCCCUCAACUACAUCAACAGUCACUUCAAGUGAUGCCAUCACUGCCUCAACUACAUCAACAGUCACCUCAAGUGAUGCCACCACUCCCACAAAUACAUCAACAGUGACUACAAGGGAUGCCAUCAUUCCCUUAACUACAUCAACAGUCACUUCUAGUUAUGCCACCACUCCCUCAACUACACCAACACCCACUUCAAGUGAUGCCACCACUCCCUCAACUACAUCAACAGUGACUUCAAGUUAUGCCACCACUCCCUCAAAUACAUCAACAGUGACUUCAAGUGAUGCCACCACUCCCUCAACACCCACUUCAAGUAAUGGCAGCUCUCACUCAACUACAUCAACAGUCAAUUCAAGUGAUGCCACGACUCCCUCAGCUACAUCAACAGUCACUUCAAGUGAUGCCUCAACUGCCUCAACUACAUCAACAGUCAAUUCAAGUGAUGCCACCACUCCUUCAGCUACAUCAACAGUCACUACAAGGGAUGCCAUCAUUCCCUUAACUACAUCAACAGUCACUUCAAGUGAUGCCUCAACUGCCUCAACUACAUCAACAGUCAAUUCAAGUGAUGCCACCACUCCUUCAGCUACAUCAACAGUCACUACAAGGGAUGCCAUCAUUCCCUUAACUACAUCAACAGUCACUUCUAGUUAUGCCACCACUCCCUCAAAUACACCAACACCCACUUCAAGUGAUGCCACCACUCCCUCAACUACAUCAACAUCCACUUCAAGUGAUGCCACCACUACUUCAACUACGUCUACAGUCACUUCAAGUGAUGCCACCACUCCCUCAACUACAUCAACAUCCACUUCAAGUGAUGCCACCACUACUUCAACUACAUCAACAGUGACUUCAAUUUAUGCCACCACUCCCACAAAUACAUCAACAGUGACUUCAAGUGAUGCCACCACUCCCUUAACUACAUCAACAGUCACUUCUAGUUAUGCCAUCACUGCCUCAACUACAUCAACAGUCAAUACAAGUGAUGCCACCACUCCCUCAGCUACAUCAACAGUCACUUCAAGUGAUGCCACCACUCCCUCAACUACAUCAACAUCCACUUCAAGUGAUGCCACCACUACUUCAACUACGUCUACAGUCACUUCAAGUGAUGCCACCACUCCCUCAACUACAUCAACAUCCACUUCAAGUGAUGCCACCACUACUUCAACUACGUCUACAGUCACUUCAAGUGAUGCCACCACUCCCUCAACUACGUCUACAUCCACUUCAAGUGAUGCCACCACUCCCUCAACUACAUCAACAUCCACUUCAAGUGAUGCCACCACUUCCUCAACUACAUCAACAGUCACUUCAAGUGAUGCCAUCACUGCCUCAACUACAUCAACAGUCACCUCAAGUGAUGCCACCACUCCCUCAACUACGUCUACAUCCACUUCAAGUGAUGCCACCACUCCCUCAACUACGUCUACAUCCACUUCAAGUUAUGCCACCACUCCCUCAACUACAUCAACAUCCACUUCAAGUGAUGCCACCACUCCCUCAACUACAUCAACAGUGACUUCAAGUUAUGCCACCACUCCCUCAAAUACAUCAACAGUGACUUCAAGUGAUGCCACCACUCCCUCAACACCCACUUCAAGUAAUGGCAGCUCUCACUCAACUACAUCAACAGUCAAUUCAAGUGAUGCCACGACUCCCUCAGCUACAUCAACAGUCACUUCAAGUGAUGCCAUCACUGCCUCAACUACAUCAACAGUCAAUUCAAGUGAUGCCACCACUCCUUCAGCUACAUCAACAGUCACUACAAGGGAUGCCAUCAUUCCCUUAACUACAUCAACAGUUACUUCUAGUUAUGCCACCACUCCCUCAACUACACCAACACCCACUUCAAGUGAUGCCACCACUCCCUCAACUACAUCAACAUCCACUUCAAGUGAUGCCACCACUACUUCAACUACGUCUACAGUCACUUCAAGUGAUGCCAUCAUUGCCUCAACUACAUCAACAGUCAAUUCAAGUGAUGCUACCACUCCCUCAUCUACAUCAACAGUCACUACAAGGGAUGCCAUCAUUCCCUUAACUACAUCAACAGUCACUUCUAGUUAUGCCACCACUCCCUCAACUACACCAACACCCACUUCAAGUGAUGCCACCACUCCCUCAACUACAUCAACAUCCACUUCAAGUGAUGCCACCACUACUUCAACUACGUCUACAGUCACUUCAAGUGAUGCCACCACUCCCUCAACUACAUCAACAUCCACUUCAAGUGAUGCCACCACUACUUCAACUACGUCUACAGUCACUUCAAGUUAUGCCACCACUCCCUCAACUGCAUCCACAGUCACUUCAAGUGAUGCCACCACUACUUCAACUACGUCUACAGUCACUUCAAGUGAUGCCACCACUCCCUCAACUACAUCCACAGUCACUUCAAGUGAUGCCACAACUCCCACUGCUACAUCGACAGUCACAAGUGAUGUCACUACUCUAAGACCAAUAAUGCCAUCAACAAGUGGUACUACUACAGUAAUAACAAGAACAUCAACAUUUGUAGAUGUAUCCACUCCCUCAACUCCCUCACAGGGACUAACUUUCAGAGACACUACUUUGGUGACAACAAUCAAAACCACUGUUGCAGAAUGCGUGUCAGAAACUCUGGUGAAUGUCAUCAGGCUGGAGAAAAUCACCAGUAAGUUAAUCAGUGUGAGUUGGACAGGUAUUAACCUGGACCAGCAGAUACAGUACAAAGUGAAGCUGGAGUCUGGUUCCAACUCAAGCCAGAGUGAGACCUCAGCCACCAAAGCUGUUUUCUCAGACCUUACUCCUGGAACCAUGUACACACUGAUUAUUGAGUACUUAUCCUGCAGUAUCAAGAAAUACAUUUCAGCAAACAUAAUCACUGCUGGAAAGGUCUAUGAAUCUUUCACUCGAAUUCCAGGCAGAGAUUUUGUGUCUGAUUAUACAAAUCAAUCCAGCAAACUUUACAAAGACUUUGUAACACAUUUCACCAUGCAGGUUGAAAACAAUCUCCCGAAGGAAUACCGGGACCUUAUCAGGGAUAAAGAAAUGGUGAUUGUUGUGACUGGUGUUCGCAGAGGAAGUGUGAUCGUUGACUUUGAUCUGGUCACUGCUCUGGAGGUCAACCUGUCAACCUCUGACGUGCAGAACAGCGUCAUCAAUGCGCUGAAAUUAUCUGCACUCGGAGUGGAUCUGAAUAUCACCUCUGUAAAAGAGGCAGAUAUCUGUCAAAGAGGAGGUUACACAUGCUCAAAAAAUGCCAGCUGUGUCAGAGAGGGACCUUCACAUACAUGUGAAUGCAAGGCAGAAUUCUAUGACAAAAAUCCAACCGUACCGGGUACUGACUGCAAGAGAGUUUCCCAGAUAUCAACGGCCCCGGGAGAAGGCUGGAAAGUGGCGACCAUAGUCCUGGGAGUUCUGCUGGGCUUGAUUUUGUUAGUCGGGGUUGUCAUUCUGAUCAGCACCGCAGUGAGGAAAGCAACUAGCAAGCUGACCUCAUACAACCUCCAGCACACAGAGCACAACAGACAGGUGGUGUCCAAUGACUAUUUACAAGGAUGUUAUUCUUACCAGAUCAAAAAUAUCAAGAUAUUGAAUAUUAAUAACAUUUGAAUUAUAUAUUCCGUCAGACAAAUAUUUAUUAUCCAACAAGUGUUAAAUAAAGGACUUGAUUGUUUAAUUCUAACAUUAGAUUAUUCAAAUAUGAUAUGAUAAUGCUCCACGGCUAAUUUCGUUAGCAUUUUGACAUGUUUUUCUAGAUUCAGAACAUAAAACAACAUUUAGAAAACCAACAAUAACCCUUAGGUCUAACACAGCAAAUAGUUUAAGCAUAUGUUGCAACAAUGUUAAAAUAUUUUUUUCUGAAUAUUGACAAAAAGACCGAUAUUAAGAGGGUUAGCCAUCAGUGAGUUGACAAGCCAUUGACGAGGCUGACAACAAAUACUCAAAACAGACUCUAAAAAGAAAUGUUUAAUACAAACACUUGUAAAAAUAUAACCAUUCUAUCAGAUCUUUCAGCACUCUGACGGAGUUGACUUUAGACAAAAAUCUGACGGAGUUGACGUUUUACGAAGUUGACAAAAAUAAAAUAUUUCUUCUUCAAUCAAGUAAUAUGCAAAGUUUAUUCUCAGUUUCUUUAUGACUCUAAAACCUAAUCAUAUAAUGUCCUAUCUUAAUCUAUUCAGCAGAUGGAGUUGACAGUUUAUGAUUGUGACAAUGGUGAUUUUAAUAUUGUUUGUUUAAAUCUAUCAAAAGGAGAGAACUUUACAGACCAUGAGUUGCACUACAGGUAAUGAGGACAUGAAGAAGGUGUCCUGAUGGUGAAGCUGUCCCUGCUCAUUCAUGAUUCAUUUAGGAUUUUAGACAAAUCUGACAAUGUUGACCAAAUCUCCUAGUUUGGUCAGAGAGGGCUAUUGGAAGAAACUACAUACGAUAUUUUUUCAGUUAGUAUUCAUUAUUGCUUGUUUUUUAAAAUGUUAAACACUUUUUUGGAGAGUUUGUAAUUGGGAUCCUUUGUAAGGGCAUGUCACGUUCUGACCUUAGUUUCUUUUUAUGUCUUUGUGUUAGGUUGGUCAGGGCGUGAGUUGGGGUGGGUAGUCUAUGUUCUUUUUUCUAUAUUAUAUUUCUAUGUCUUGGCCUGGUAUGGUUUUCAAUCAAGGACAGCUGUCUAUCGUUGUCUCUGAUUGAGAACUAAACUUAGGUACCCUUUUCCCCCACCUGUUUUGUGGGAGAUUAACUUUGACUUUGUUCAGGGCACAUAGCCCAAAGCUUCGCGGUUUGGUUUUUGUUCUUUGUUUUGUCGGUGUAAUUUUUGAAUAAAGAGAAAAUGUACGCUUA